UAAUUGAUUCAUCGUUCUGUGUACUUGUGGUUUGUCAUGUGUUUAGUGAAAUCCUGAGUAGUUUUCCUUACUUUCUUCGUUUAUCACAUCUUCUAACCAGUGCAACAAGAUUUGAAACUUCCAAUUACUAAUUUAUCGAACGGAAAUAGGGAUAAAUAUCAGCGUACAUCAUCAAAGAUUGCGUGAAUUCUUCGGCGAGAUUCAAUCUUUGGAGAUUCCAAGGAAUAACAACAGAUCAGUUAAUGCGUUGGGAUGUGAUGAGAAGUUAAUGAUCCUCGCUUUCGCCUUCAUUUCAUCUAUUGAGUGGAGAUCGCAAUUUGUUCCUAGUUUCUUCAGCUGGUGUCUGGUUUAAUUAUUCUGUGCGUUCAGCAUUGUUACGAUCGACAUCUCUGUUCAUCGGGUCUUCGCUUCUAUUCAUCAGUGUAAUGCAAUAAAAGUAUUUUUGAAGAGCAGACUAAAUAGUCGCUGUUACCGGUCUCCUUUUGGCAUUGGAAUUAUCUGGAAAAGCUACCGCGACUAAUUCGUGUCAAGUAUGAAUGGAAAUGCAAAAAUUCAGGUACAAACCGUAAAUCCUACACGGCAUGUUAAGUCUUCGAGUCAGCCGGGCGAGCUUCCUUCGGCGUUUUUAGAGGACGAUUUUGAUGACAGAGAUGAGCUGAGAGAACGAGAGUUGGAAGAAGCUCGAGCACGAGCCAGUCAGAUGGAAAAGACGAUGCGAUGGUGGUCAGACUGCACCGCAAACUGGCGAGAGAAGUGGGGGAAAGUUCGCGCUGAACGGAACAAAGCCAGAGAAGAAAAUAGACAGUUAAAACUGAAACUGGAGGCCGCAGCUAAGGAAAUUUCGAACUUGAAGCGUGAGAGAUUGGCAGCUCAAGAACUUCAGUCGAAACUUGAGAAGGAAAACGAACGACUGGAGAAGGAAUUAAAGAAAGACAAGCGUACGAUUCCUUCUGCUCGAGUUGAGCCAUCGCUUAAAGAGAACUCACCUGACCAUAGUGAUGGUCUCAAAAACUCUAACGUUUAUGAAACGACAGUGCCGAAAUUAGGAGCUGAGAAACAGUUUAUUGAACAAAUUCUUCAGAAGAACGAGUUUUACGAGGGACAAUGCGAAGAUGGAAAUGCCAUCGUUCAUUCUGUUCAUUCUCAUUCUGUUCCCGCUGAGGAACGGAAAAGAAACCGGGCGAGUUCUAAAAAACAGAAAUCCAUCGAUGGAAGGCAUGCAGAAGAGGAAAGUUCACAACAGGUUGCCCUCGUGCGAAUGAAACUUGAACAAACGGAAAAAAUGCUCAUAGAGGAGAGAAGUUCCAAACAGAAUCUCGUAGAGGAGUUGGAUGGUCUUCAGGCUGAUCUCACUGCUCUGAAGCUAAAAAAUGAAGAACUCGUGGUGUCUCAUCAAAAUUAUGCUCAGGAGAUUGCAAGCGUAAGAAGCAGACAUGAAAAGGAAGUUGGACAACUUAAUGCUGACUUGGAAGAUGCCUGUAACUCAACCAACAAUUCUGCAAAUGCUCGUAAAAUUAGUGAACUUAGGGGAGAGAUUGAAAGAUUGCAAGCUGAGAACACACAGGAAUGGAGCAAACGGGAUAAGCUGGAGAGUGAGAAGUUGGCUUUGGAAAGAGAAAACAAGAAGAUGCGAUUGCAAAUUGAGGACCUGACAUCUCAGUUGACUGAAUCCAGCAAAGCAUCAAAGGGCUUAUUAGGUGCUGACGUCAAGCAGUUACAAACACAGCUUGAUGAGAAGAACAGAGAGUUGCAAGAAUUAAGGCAUGCUUAUGGUAAAAUGAGAAAGCAACUUCAGGAGAAGGCUGAGGAGCUUAGUCAUGCCAAAAAACGAGUGGAACAGCAUGAGAAUGAAGUCAGAAAACUGAGGACAAGGGUGGAAGAGUUGAAAGUUGAUUUGACCAAAGCUGAAGAUGAGCUUGACUGUCAAACAAGCAAUAUGAAGAAACUACAGCGCAGUCUGGAUGAACAAACAGAGCUUGCUGACAGUUACAAAGUUCAAUUGGAACACUUAAACUCAAGGUUGAAGGCUGGAGGGGUAGCUCCAAGUAUCAAUCCAAGAUAUAAACCUGGACGGGGGUCUUCAACUCAACUAUCAUCAGAGGAAAGUGAGGAGGAAACAUCCUUUUAUUGAAGCAGCAAGAUGAUGGAGGAUUCUUGCAACACAAAUACCAGUGUUUCAGUGGAGAGGAAGACGUGAGGAUGUAGAACCAUCUGAAAUAUGGGGGGUCAGAUGCCAAAAAUGUUCACCUGUGUUUUCACUAAGUCUCUAUGACUUGCAUAAGAGCAGUAAACCACCAACACUAGCACUCUGUU